UAAGACUCCUCCAAGUUAUCAUCAACCACCGUCUCCAAUGCCAAAGCCAAAGCCAAAAAAGGGUUGAAAAAACCUCUCUCUGUCUCUCUCAAAAUCUCAACCGAUAUUCUCUCUUCUUCUCAUCUCUCGUCUCGUCUUAUUUUCUCUCCAAUAUCUCUCCUUUGAUUUCUGCAGAUCUUUCUUCUUCUUCUUCCCUCAUAACUUAUUGAGAUAGUAGUAAUAAUAACAACGAUAAUUCCGUUUUCUAGUUUGUUUUUUGUUUUUUUUGUUUUUGUUUUUGUUUUCCUAUCAAUUGCGACUAUUUCUCUCCAUCCGUCGCCCUAAAAUCUUCCAAAUCUCAUUCUUUCGAGCUUCGGGAAACAGAAGUGAGGAUUUGCUGAUUGUCAACGGUGUGUGAUGUUAUUGAAAUGACAAACCAAUGGGGCGAUUCGGUUCCUGGGUUGGAUCCCAAUUCUCUUGAGAAACAUCAGGUUGCAGAUGCAAGCCAAGGGCAUACAUCUGUAUAUGGUCAUGGCUAUUAUCUGCCGCCGCCGCCGCCACCACCACCACCACCGCCGCCACCGCCUCCGCCCUCAACGGCAGGGUCUAAAGCUGAAUGGAGUGUGAAUUGGACGGAUAAUGGCUUUAUUGAGAAUGGAAUCCCUCCAAAUUCUGACCACCGGCAUGAUCAGCAGACAGAGUUGACAGUGUUGAGGGAUGUUCAGGGUGUACCAAAUGCGAGUCACACGUCUACCUCAUCCAGUUUGGGAGCAGCAAAUGGGUCCCAAGAACAUACUGGCUAUACACCUUACGCAAGUUCUGCUAAUCCAUAUGGAUAUGGCAAUGCUGGGUAUCAGUCUUACUACUAUGACUAUCCGACACAAACUAACCAUUCUUACUCUCAGCAAGUGGGAGCAUAUCAAACUUCAGGUGCUCCCUAUCAGUCUCAUCCUUCAUUUCAGAAUACAGGCUCUUAUGUGGCCCCUGCAAGUUAUUCAAGCACUCACUACAAUGCUGCUACUGAUUAUCAGACAUCGGGAGGAUACCAGAGCAGCGGCUAUAGUAAUCAGAAUAGCUUGUGGAACGAUGGAAAUUAUGGACAUUAUCACUAUUCAAGUUAUCAGACCUAUGAUUCAAAUGGUAGUCACAAUUCUAGUACCAUGGCUGCAACUCCGCUCCAAUAUCAGCAACAAUCUCAGAAUUGGGCAAAUCAAUUCAGCCAAAAUGCAUCUGAUGUUAGCUGUGCCCCUGGGACAGAAAACAUGUCUGUUACAACUGCUUCUGCUGUGGAUUGUCCAAUUCCUGGUUUCAGUGGUGGAUAUACUUCAAACAACCAGCCACCACCACCCGGCACCACAUCUUGGAGGCCGGUUUCCAGUUCAUCUGAAUUGCCUUCUUUGCAGGUAAGCACUACUGGUAAUCAUGAUGAUUAUUGGAAAGUUGGGGCUCCAGGAUUCCAAAAUAACCAUAUCAAUCAGGUGCAAUCAUACUACCAAAAGCCGUUGGACUCGAAUCCGCUUCAGUAUGGGAAUUUCGAAGAUCAGCAGAAGAGUGUGCACCCACAGGUCCCCAGUUCACAGUUCACUGCUACCCAUCAGGUUCCUCAAAAUUUCCAUUCCUCUUUGCAAACAGUUCCAACUUUGGAUGCACGCCGGGUAAGCAAACUGCAGAUUCAAACAAAUCCUAGAAUUGCUUCAACUUUGGCCUUGGGCAUGCCAAAAACCGAUAAGGAUAGCUCUACAACCGAUGCAGCACUAAAACCAGCCUAUAUCAGUGUUUCAAUGCCAAAGUCUAAUAACAAGGUGUUGUCUCAUGAUGCAGCUGAUUCCAAGCCACCACGAACGAUUCCUCCAUCAUUUUGUGCAUACGUGGAAAGGGCUUUAGCUCGUUGCAAAGAUGAUUCACAGAAAGCAGCUUGUCAAAGUAUAAUGAGGGAGAUGACUGCUAAAGCAAGUGCUGAUGGUACACUUUUCACACGAGAUUGGGAUACUGAACCUCUUUUCCCAUUACCAGACAGUUCUGUGGAUUCUAUCAACAAGGCCAAGUUACAGAGUUCUGCCACUGUUUCCUCAUUACCAAAGUACAGAAGGAGUCCCAGUAGACGUACGAAAAGUAGGUGGGAACCCAUUCCGGAAGACAAGUUGGCUGAGAAAAUUGCAUCUGUCAAUCAUGCUUCUGUUAAAGAUGCCAGAUGGGAUCGUCCUAAAGAAAGGGAGAAAGUGGCUUCAAUUGGAAAGUAUGAGAGCAAGGAUGGCUCUUUUAACCUUCCAAGUAAAGAUUCACCGAGGCAAGCCAAGAAGCAGCGGCUUGGUGAUAGUUCAAGUGCCACUGAAAAUGGUGAUGCUUCAAGUGAUAGUGACAAGGAGAAGGGUUUGACAAAAUAUUAUUCAGGUGCAGUUGCACUCGAAAAUACUCCAGAGGAAAGGAAAAAACGUGAAAAUCGCUCUAAACGAUUUGAAAAGGGACAUGAGCAUCGGGCAGACAUCAAGCACUUCAGACCAAGAGGUGCUGGAGCAGGAAACUUGUACACUAGAAGGACAAGUGCUUUGCUGCUUAGUAAAAAUAAUGAAUCUAGCUCAAGCAGGGCUGUUGAAGACAUUGACUGGGAUGCUCUUACUGUAAAGGGAACAUGCCAGGAAGUUGAGAAACGCUAUCUGCGCCUCACUUCUGCACCUGAUCCUGCCACUGUAAGGCCAGAAGACGUGUUGGAGAAAGCUUUACUAAUGGUUCAAAGCUCUCAAAAGAACUACUUUUAUAAAUGUGAUCAGUUGAAAUCAAUUCGUCAGGAUCUGACUGUACAGCGGAUUCGCAAUGAGUUAACUGUCAAGGUGUAUGAAACUCAUGCACGACUAGCACUGGAAGCUGGAGAUUUGCCAGAAUAUAAUCAGUGUCAAUCACAGCUGAAAAUUCUUUAUGCAGAAGGAAUCAAGGGAUGCGAAUUGGAGUUUUCUGCUUACAACUUGCUUUGUGUUAUUUUGCACUCCAAUAACAAUAGAGAUCUCUUAUCGUCAAUGGCAAGACUAUCAGCUGAAGCUAAAAAGGAUGAGGCUGUAAAGCAUGCACUUGCAGUACGUGCGGCAGUCACGUCAGGAAACUAUGUCCUCUUUUUCAGACUCUACAAAAUGGCUCCCAACAUGAACACUUUGCUUAUGGACCUUUAUGUGGAGAAGAUGCGGUUUGAAGCUGUGAAGUGCAUGUCUCGUUCAUAUCGCCCUGCAGUCCCUGUUGCAUUUGUUGCUCAGGUUUUGGGCUUCACAAGCAAUGUGCAAAUAGAUGGCGACGAUGAGAAGGACAUGGAUGGAUUGGAAGAGUGCGAGGAAUGGUUAAAGGCACAUGGUGCAAGCCUUGUUGUCGACAACAAUGGAGAACAACUGAUGGACACUAAGGUAACGUCAUCCAGUCUAUACAUGCCGGAACCGGAUGACGCUGUGGCUCAUGGAGAUGCAACUCUCGCCGUCAAUGAUUUUCUGACACGGACAUCUUAAAGCCAUUUUGUUUGUAUUCUUUUGUGUAUUAAAUUUUACAAAUCAUCGUCAUUGUAGCCUUGUCCCAGCUAUUAGAUUUACACGCAUAUCAGGCAUAAUUAUCUGACGGUGUUGCUAACCUUCAUAGGGGGCAAAUAUUCCCUGAUGUAUGGAUUCGACGAAUGUAAGGAAUGGCCGUCGGAUCUGAAGAACAGGCCCAGGAUGGAUUUACAUACAGUCUGGGGCAAAGGAAAAUUGGAAAGAAGGGUAAUUUCCCUUGAUAUGUUACCAAGUGGUCUGCCUGAUGGUUGUAGGUUUAAAUAAUUUGGUUUUUUUUUUUUUUUGGGUAAUCCCAUUGGGUUUUAUGUAUGAAUGGGCAGAUUUCUGCCAAAUUAAACCUUUCAAGUGUUAAAACUAGAAAUUUCCCAGUUAAAAAAAGGAAAAAAGAAAAAGAAAACAG